CCAUGUCAUGUCUGAAUAUGGAAGGAUGACAGACACAGAGCGAGACCAGAUUGACCAGGAUGCGCAGACGUUCAUGAGGACCUGCUCUGAAGCAAUUCAGCAGCUGAGAACUCAAGCGCACAAGGAGAUGCCCUCCCAGCAAGUGAAGGAGCACAGGAGCGUGGUUCUGGAUUUCAUCGAAGAUUACUUAAAAAGAGUAUGUAAACUUUACUCAGAACAGAGAGCCAUCCGCGUUAAACGAGUGGUGGAUAAGAAAAGACUGAUUUUCCUGAGGCAGGAGCUGGAGCAUAGCAACCUGUGCUCCCCUAGCGCUGCAGGUGGACCCCCUGAGCCCAUCACGCAGCACGUUGCCCAUCCUGGUCUGGGGAAGCCGCUCACCGAGGGCUGCUGGUUGUUUUGCCUUCUGCUUUUCUUCUUCUUCUUCUUCUUUUUUUUUUUUUUAACAGAGAAAGUUCCGGCUGAAUCGCAACCUGAACUGGGCACCUGGGGAGAUGGCAAAGGUGACGAUGAAUUAUCCCCAGAAGAAAUACAAAUGUUUGAACAAGAAAACCAGCGCCUAAUUGGUGAAAUGAACAGCCUGUUUGAUGAAGUGAGGCAAAUCGAAGGGAGAGUGGUUGAAAUUUCCAGACUCCAAGAGAUAUUCACAGAGAAGGUUUUACAACAGGAAGCCGAGAUCGACAGCAUUCACCAGUUAGUUGUCGGGGCAACCGAGAAUAUCAAGGAGGGUAAUGAAGACAUCAGAGAGGCCAUUAAAAACAACGCCGGCUUCCGCGUGUGGGUCCUCUUCUUCCUGGUGAUGUGCUCCUUCUCCCUGCUCUUCCUGGACUGGUACGACGGCUAGCCUGUCCCCGCUGCUCCUGGCAGACGGCGCGCCCUUGAGGGUCUCCAGCAGCGGAGCGGGGCUGCGAGCAGAUUGUAUCAUGAGCCGUUUGGGGGGAAGGGGGCUGGGACAGACGGACACUCCCACGAAGGGACACCCACACCUGUGGUUUAAGCCCAUUGGGUAGCUGAGAAAGAAAAUAACGAACACAAAGGGAAAGGGGCCUGUGUAGCGAAACUGACGCAAGGUGGGGUGGGGGUGGGGGUGGGGGCGGUUCCGGUUCCGGCUGCACCAGAGACCAUGUGGAGGGGCUGCCUGAAGGCCGGGCUCAGGGAGGCUCCCGCCUUGGCCUUCUGGUGGCUUCAGGAACAGCGCUGGCUAGUAACUUCACAACAAUGAUCAUUUCUUUGUUUCCUGUGGCAUCUUAUCUGCCUGAGCCCUGUGAUAGUCACCAUAUUCUAGAGAACGCACCUUUGCCCCGUUAAUGUAAUAAAUGCAACUAGAGCUCCUUCGUGUCCUGUCAGCGGGUCUGAGCAGAGAUGUGCAGCGGACGCCUGCCUGCCGGGUGGGGCAGAAGUGUGGGGACAGACUCUGGGCACUUGGCAAGGGGCCCCUGGGGCCCAAGGAGCUUUUGUCCAGAGCAGGAACCUGGCCUGCAGCUCCUGGACUGUGCGCCUGACCGUCGAGGAAACAGGAACGCCUGUUUGCAGUGGGGAGCCCAAGACUUCUGGAGCCACGUCUGUGCAGAAAGCACGCAGGUGUUCGCGGGGCCGCACCCCCGUGUGCGUGCGGAUGGCUCCCCCGUGUGCGGUACGAGUCUGUGUUCCUUGCGUGCCCAGUGAAAGUGUCAGAAGUUACCUGUGAGUGAAUUUACAUCAAUAAAAUGUCUACUAGACGCACAGAGGGGUGUGUCACCUCAGUGGGGCAUGUCCACGGGCCUGGCCGCGCUCACAGAUGUACGGUCCCUGCUCGCCGUGCGUCCUCGCGGCCUUCACUGCAUGCAGCUCAGGCACGCUCCCCUUCCCCGAGCCCACGGUCAUGGUUUCAGAACACCCUUGAUAAUAAAAUCAGGUUUAGGAAGCAGUAACGGAGUCGGCCGUGGCCACCAGGCUUGUUUGCAACAGAUCUUGCACUAGUUGUCAUUUAUUUUUGAUCUACUAAAAAACAGUGAAACUUUUGACAUGUCCACCAGAAACAACACAUUCAAAUAACAUGGAAGAAAAGGUCUGCAUAUGUCUUUUUUCUAUUUAAUCGUCUUACACACUUAUCUAACUGGCAAUUUUGUAAACAUAUACUUUAAUGUCAAGAUUCAGGUUGAAAUAGCAUUUUCUUACAAAGAUUGUGAAUUGAAAUGUCAUCAUUGGGUUUGCAAGUUGCCACACCAGCCCCGCCCAGCCUUUCCUGCCUGCUUCUUAUAUCAAAGGAGUUCUGGUUCACAAAAUAAAAAUUAGUCUUGGUUUCCCAGCAA